UAUGAAUGGGGUUUGUUUUUUUUUGAAAAGCUCUGAAGGGAAUUUUUUCUUGUCUCAGCCGGAAUUUACAUUACUUGCAGAUUACAACUUCAGCUUGGAGUUUAAGUUUGGUGCAAGUUUGUUAGGGAAAUGCAGCUAUUACACCCAGCAGGAGAAACACAAAACUGGCUGGUGACUUCUGAAAGCUAACAGUAUGGACACAUAUGAAGCCCCACAAAGAGCCCUCCUCUCAGCUGCAGGUAGCUAGUUCUCAUUUUCUGCUGGGCUGCUCCCUCCUAUCAGAACCUUGGUCAGAACCUCCAGGAUUUUAAAGUCGCUGUUAGCCCCCUCUGCCCCAGCCAGACCACCCUAAAGGGGCAUAAUGGGGGAAAGGCGAGCCCGCUCCUUCCACAUGACCUGCCAUGUACAACGGGACUACGGCAGCAGGAUGAGGAGCUCCUUCAUACGCUGCAGCCCCAAUGGAUGUGCCGGCACGAGCAUCAGCCUCAGCCUGGACCAGGAGAUGGACCUGGCAGCCUCCGCUGGUUCCACCACCGGUUGCAGCGCCCUGCGGGUUCCUGCACCUGACAUCAGCCGCUACUCACCAGUUUCGCUGGAAAUAGACCCCCAGGCGGUGAAUAAUGGAUCAGGCUUCCCCUGCCUGCCUCCAGCUGACACAAAGGAUCCGGAGUUGCAGAUCGCACACAGCCAACCGUCUGUGACCCCUAUCCCGCCACCUCUGCCUCGCUCCAGCUGGCUGCGCAAUCAUCAGAAGGAGUUCCAGAGUCCUUACAUUAAGACUAGCAUGCAGGGGGAUGUUUACAACUUUCUAGAAAGACCUGCAGGAUUGAAAUGCUUCCUCUACCACUUUCUAGUGUGA